CGUUUUGUAUUUCCGCUUUGCCAUACAAAAUUUUGUUCCUCAUCUUUUUUCUUCUUUUCGUUUCAUUCGAUUGUUUUUUCCCUUCCUUUCCUUUCCAAUCUUUUCUAGUCCUUCUUUCUUUUUUUUUGAUUAUACAUAGAACCCGGAUGUCGUUUGUCGAAAAGUAUUCGCGCAAGGUGCUGGCCAUCCUUUUAGCGCUUCUUAUCGUUGUCACCUUAUUUUAUACAAACUAUAUUACCACUUCUUCCUCAUCGUCAUCGUCAAUCGACAAGGUUGUUUCUUCGGGCUAUUUGGAGGAGCAGACCUACUUUAAUGGAUCGCAGUCCGACUCGACGCAAUCUCGGCCGGAAUCUUCGAAUUGUGUUUGUCAUGACGACCAUGGGGUCGUUGACGAUAACCGCAACGGAUCUCCGCCACAGGAACAUGCCGAAGGCAGCCCUUUUAUUGUUCCAGAGUCGUUUCCCCCACCUCCUCAAACCCUGCUCGAUAAAAUUAACAGUAAUCUUUGGGAAGAUCGAGUGCUGACGGUCGCUGUAUCCAAUUAUGGUAUGCGGAAUCAUGUCUAUAAUUGGAUCGAAUCUUUGAAGCGUACGGGCGAAGACAAAUUCCUCAUCUUUUGUCUCGACGAUCAACUGUAUCAUCAUUUGGCCGAAGCCGGUUACGAGAAUCACGCUUCAGUGAUUCCGGAAGCCUGGCUUCAUCAAGAAAUUGAAGCCGGGUUUGAAGAGUACUACACCAAAAAAUACCGAGCCAUUACUCACGCCAAAACUCUCGUUGUGCAGCAACUGCUUUAUCUCGACGUCAAAGUCCUGUUUUCGGAUGUCGAUAUUGUAUGGACUCGCCCACGCAUGCGAGAAUAUAUUCACACAUUUUUGGAGAUCCGUCAUGAGACCCACGUUAUGUUCCAGCAAGAAGGAUUUGAUCAGAAAGUGGUCAACAGCGGAUUUUAUAUCAUGCGACCGAGUGAUGAGAUGAAGCGAUUGCUUGCCGAGACCAUUUAUUUACAGGAUACCAAUGAGGGGAUGACUCAGCAAGGUGCGAUGAACGCAGCCCUGGACCAUUUAAACAUGGAUAUUCGGACCUCCACCGUCGUGCUUCUCGACGUUCUUCAUUUCCCGAACGGGUUCGUCUAUUUUACACACGAUCUGCCGAAAAAGCAUGGUGUUGAACCUUAUAUUGUCCAUGCCAAUUAUCUGGUUGGCGAGGAUAAGAAACGAAAACUUCAGGAAAGCGGCCUUUGGUACAUCGAUGAUCAAUGGUUAGCAAAUUUGGAUGCUCAAGCGGAGCAGACCAUGAAGAAAAAGGGUGUCGCCACCCCAACCCAUUAAAAAAUCUCCCCAUGACAAUUCCUGAUGCACCUUUGACUCAUCAACGAACGACCUUUUUCUUUCCUCCCCCUCCCCUCUUUACGUCUCUUAAUUUAUUUCUCCAUUCAUCGAGGGUGCUGUAUUCACACAUAUAUUGACAGGGUGGUGAACUUUUUUUUCACGAUUUUCUGUUAAUUCACAAUCUCUCUUUUUCUGUAUACAUACUAUUUCUUUUUGUACUUUUACCAUGUUUUUAAAUUCAUUUUCUUCAUUUUCCCAUUCGCUUGUAUCACUUUAGCAACCUAUUGUAAUUCGGCUCCGAUCCGUUUUUCCCGUGAGACCAUGCUUAAAAAAGCCUAAUGCAUAAAAGAGAAAGCCAGGUCGAACCUAGUUUCAUUAUUAGAUGGAG